AUGAAAUCGGCAAACAAGCUUACGCCUGAUGGAAGGCUCGCUUCUAUUCUAGUAGGAAUUAUCCUAUUCGCUGCUAGUUCUGUAUUCUUUAUCGCUAUUCUUGCUUUCUUCAUUAGCAGCAUGUACUGGUCAAAGUUCAAGAAGGACCAGAAAAAAGAGUUCGAUCCAGAUCAUCACUCUGGAAACACCAGAAGAAACGCUAUCAACGUCAUCUGUAAUGGUGGAGUUGCAUGUGCAUACAGCCUGCUAUACCUGGCUGUUCAGGAGUCCAAGACAUUCACACUCAAUCAGCCACGAGGGAUUGACGCUAGCUGGUUCUUUUUAGCAAUAACCGGGACGAUUGUCUGCUCGACAGCAGAUACAUGGUCGUCGGAAAUAGGUUCUGUUCUACGCUUGGGCGAAAAGAAACGCGGAAAACAGUCGAAAACACUCGACAAUAGCAAGGACGUGAAAAAAGAAAAGCUGCCCAUGUGUCGACUCAUCAUUCCUCCAUUCAAAAAAGUUCCGAGAGGAACCAAUGGAGGCGUUUCGCUCGUUGGCUUCGUGGCAGCUGCUCUUGCUGGGGCUUGGAUUGCUGUCUGUGUUCUUGCUGGUCUCUGGUGGACAAAUGGAAUUGACUUUGCCGAUGACAGUGGGAAGCUGGUUGCGAAGGUGCUUUUCUUGAGCCUAGCGCUUACAGGCUUAUUUGGAUCAGCAAUAGACUCAGUACUAGGGGCGCUCUUCCAGUUUUCGGGAAAAGACCUUGACACCCGACUUAUCGUCUCUGAACCUGGCGAUGGUGUUAUCCAUAUAUCCGGCCAAGACAUUCUCGAUAAUCACGCUGUUAACAUUCUGAGCGCUACUUCUGCUGCUUUAUUUGGUCCAUUGUGUUUCCAGUUGCUGCAUAAGCGCCUUGCUUCCGCCUAA